GACUCUUUUAACAGGCACGCUGAGAUUUUGUUUGUAAUGCACACUAGCGAUCACCGUGUCAGCCAUUGCUCAGUCUACCCUAAAUUCUGCAUUUUUUAGGAUUACCGGUUUUUGAUGCCAUCUGAGCGAGUGUCAAAUGUUUCCUCUCCCAGCGACUCAUCUUUUGAUAGCAGGUUUGCAGACCUCGACGUCUUGGCCACUUCCCUGUUCUGAUGUUGUACUGUUUGUUCAGAUUUUCCGAUCCUCAACCCUCGAUGUCACACUUAGGGAGACUUUCCCAACGCACUUCUACGCCAUGAAGCACCUAUGUACGAUCAAACCACAAGAUCACCAAGGGCAUACCGAGUAUAGUGCACUCAGGCUAACACUUAUCGCAAACAAAGACGACCUCUUCCAAUGUUCAAUUGAUCCCCCCCUUGAAACUGGACUACCGUCAUUGAUGCAGCGCUCCUCACGAAGAAUACGCAGCUAGACGUGCAUGCCUCCGUGUCCUUCCAUCUUUCAAUCAUGAUCCCGCCCAUACAUCCCUCACCGGAGUUUCGACCGGGCCCACCGCCCAUAGCGCUGCUCCCAGUUUAGUGUCAUAAAUAGGCCCUUGCCCCAGGAAAUAUUCUCCACAACUACCUUGGAAUCUACGGAUCUUCUUCGUCAUGCAUGUUAGUGGAGACCGUGACUCAGAUCCAGUAUCCGCUGCAAGUACGAAUCUGAGAAUUCGCUGAAACAUACUUCACCAUUGGAUGUCUAUUAGACGCUGUGAAGGAGAUUGAACAUGUCUGGCCAAUAGGUGUAUGCAUUACCACCGUUCGUGGAAAAGAAAGACGUAAGUUACGCGACAUAAAUUCUACGACGUUGUGGGCAAAGAUCAGCUCGCAGGAGAAAGAAGGAU